CCCAUGUCAACCCCCCUCACCCCCACAAUGGUGCAAGGUUACAAUGGAAAGUGCCUCCGCUGGAACAGUAUCAGAACUUGGCUUGGGGCAGCAACAAUCUUAUCAGGAGCUUUUCUGUUUGGGAUCAGGGAAACCGGUGACUUUCAAAGAGUCCGAUAAGGCAGGACCCAAGUUGUAUAUAAGGGGCAGCUCAUGCUGCUGCUCUGCACCUUCCUCCCGUCUUGCUUCUCCCUGGAGUUGGGACCCGGGAAGAACCAUGAAGUGGCUGCUGCUGCUGGGUCUGGUGGCGCUCUCUGAGUGCAUCAUCCACAAGUGAGUCCGGGUGGCAUGGGUGUGAAGACGCCUGCCUCCCACAUCGCCCUUCUUUACUCCUGUGUCUUCCUUCUUCCCUUUUUUUCCUCUCUCUCUUUGGCUGUCUCCAUCCCCCUUGUCUGCCUCUCUCUCUGCCCUUUUGGGAGGCAGCUCUGCAGAUGUGGUUAAAACUCGGGCCCAGCCCGAGUCUGGUUCCCAGCUCCAGCCCUAGUCAACUUAACUUCUUUGCAUUAUUGCACAGACAUGGGAGCUCCUCCCUUCCUUCCAUCUUCCUCUCUUAGACCAGCUGGUUAAGAGUCCAGCCUGGGUUUGGUUCCAGCUCCACCACUAGGCAGCUUAACUUCUUUCCAUUAUUGCACAGAUGUGGGAGCGUCUCCCUUCCUUCCUUCUUCCUCUCUUAGACCAGCUUCCCUUCCCUUCUGGGGCUGCCACAGCACCCGGUGAGCAGAAUCCUUGCCUAAUUCCUCUUCCUCCUCCAAUCCACAGGGUCCCCCUCAUCAGAAAGAAGUCCUUGAGGCGCAACCUGUCCGAGCAUGGCCUGCUGAAGGACUUCCUGAAGAAGCACAACUUCAACCCAGCCAGCAAGUACUUCCCCCAGGCGGAGGCGCCCACCCUGAUAGACGAACAGCCCCUGGAGAACUACCUGGAUAUGGAGUACUUCGGCACUAUCGGCAUCGGAACCCCUGCCCAGGACUUCACCGUGAUCUUUGACACUGGAUCCUCCAACCUGUGGGUGCCCUCAGUCUACUGCUCCAGUCUCGCGUGCACCAACCACAACCGCUUCAACCCUCAGGAUUCCUCCACCUACCAGUCCACCAGCGGGACACUCUCCAUCACCUACGGCACCGGCAGCAUGACAGGCAUCCUCGGAUACGACACUGUCCAGGUUGGAGGCAUCUCAGACACCAAUCAGAUCUUCGGCUUGAGCGAGACAGAACCCGGCUCCUUCCUGUAUUAUGCUCCCUUCGACGGCAUCCUGGGGCUGGCCUACCCCAGCAUUUCCUCCUCCGGGGCCACACCCGUCUUUGACAACAUCUGGAACCAGGGCCUGGUUUCUCAGGACCUCUUCUCUGUCUACCUGAGCGCCGAUGACCAGAGUGGCAGCGUGGUGAUAUUUGGUGGCAUUGACUCUUCUUACUACACUGGAAGUCUGAACUGGGUUCCUGUUUCUGUCGAGGGUUACUGGCAGAUCUCCGUGGACAGCAUCACCAUGAACGGAGAGGCCAUCGCCUGCGCUGAGGGCUGCCAGGCCAUUGUUGACACUGGCACCUCUCUGCUGACCGGCCCAACCAGCCCCAUUGCCAACAUCCAGAGCGACAUCGGAGCCAGCGAGAACUCAGACGGCGAGAUGGUGGUCAGCUGCUCAGCCAUCAGCAGCCUGCCCGACAUCGUCUUCACCAUCAACGGAAUCCAGUAUCCUGUGCCACCCAGUGCCUACAUCCUGCAGAGCCAGGGCAGCUGCAUCAGCGGCUUCCAGGGCAUGGACGUCCCCACCGAAUCUGGAGAGCUUUGGAUCCUGGGUGAUGUCUUCAUCCGCCAGUACUUCACUGUCUUCGACAGGGCAAACAACCAGGUCGGCCUGGCUCCCGUGGCUUAAGCCCAGGUCUUUCCAGCCACCUCCCAGGAAGAUCUGACCUCCGUCCUCUGCCCACUUUAGAUGUAUCUAAUUCUCCUGACUGUCCUUCCCAGGGGAGUGUGGAGGUCUUGGCCCUGUUCCCUGUCUUACCAAUAAUGUAGAAUAAAAACAUAACCUGCUGAAACAGG